UCCAGACCGGGGACCAGCCCUCCCAACGACGACUUGGUGGGACUCGAAAAUCGGUUAACUUUACGUGAUGUCAUAGGAUCGCGUGCCACUCAUACUCACUCAGAAGGUCCUCGUACUCCUCCCCCUCGCAGCCCUAAUAACUCCCGACCUUCUACUUCAACUAGCACGAGUUCAUUCUCGUAUGAGCCGUCUACUAUGGUCCCCUCGAGAUCAAUCAGCGGAGAAGGGACUAUGGGCUCCGACUCGACCCUUCGCCCAGAAGAUAAAGAUAGAAUACUGGAUUUCAUAGGGUCCGGGGAUAAGACUUUGGAUGCCAAAGCGUGGAGUCACCCGAAGCGACGAUCCUCCACCUCUCCCACCGCCGAACCUUCGAUAUCUACAUACGAGCACUCGAGAAGCGCGUCUCAUGACGGCUCCGCUACGAUUGGCACCUUUUCUGACUAUGGCACUGCCGGUCUGUGGUCCACGCCGAUGAAAGAACUGCUCUCUCAAGAAUUGCAAACUCCUACCACGCACCCGCGCCCUCCACUCACUGUCGAUACCAAUUCCGGAACAGCCAUGGCGACGCGCGUGACACAGGCAGAUCCCGCCAAAUUUCCACUUCCGCCAACCUAUGCUGUUCCACGUCAGAGGCCGCGCACACCCAGAGAUCACAAGCGUAGAACGUUCGAAGAUGUCACGUGGGCGCCCCGUCCUCCUGCGGAAGAUGUUUAUAAUCGACUGGAAGAGUUCUUCCCAGGACAUGACUUGGAUAGACCUGUGAUCGAGGCUAGUUCUGGCGGGACUUCGCCGACUGCUGUUGAACAUCCAUCUAUAGCAGCUCCUGCGUUUGACAGAGACAAGGUUCUUGUUAAAGGAAAGAAGUCGAUUCGAAUUGUUGCGGAGGAGCAUAAGAAACGUAUAGAUCGCACAUCAAGGGCCGAGUCUUCGUACAGUAACAUCAACCGGAAACGAAGUACAAAACUUUGGGACAGUCGACUUGUAGAAGUUACGACAUCACAGAGCAAGACUAAUUUGAGCAGAGCUUUACCAGAUUCCCCUUCAGGAGGUCCAAAGCCUAUCUUCAAAUGGGUUCGUGGUGAGCUUAUCGGGAAGGGCACGUAUGGACGCGUGUAUCUGGCACUCAAUGCCACUACCGGUGAAAUGAUCGCUGUCAAACAAGUGGAGAUACCCACAACUGCAAGUGAUAGAAACGACACUCGGCAGGCUAGUCUGGUACAGGCAUUAAAAAUGGAGAGCGAGACUCUCAAAGACCUCGACCACCCCAACAUCGUUCAAUACCUUGGAUUUGAAGAGACUCCAAAUUUCCUGAGCAUUUUCCUGGAGUACGUGCCUGGUGGAUCCAUUGGAAGUUGUCUUCAGAAACAUGGUAAAUUUGACGAGGAAGUCACCAAGUCGUUUACUAGUCAAAUCCUCAGUGGACUGGAGUAUCUGCACUCCAAGAAUAUUCUUCACAGAGAUCUGAAAGCGGAUAAUAUUUUGGUUGAAACAUCUGGAAUUUGCAAAAUCUCAGACUUUGGAAUUUCGAAGCGCACUGACGACAUUAACGGCGGCGCCCACACAGCUAUGCAGGGUACUAUUUUCUGGAUGGCACCUGAGGUUAUCAACACGCCGAAAGGAAAAGGAUACAACUCAAAGAUCGACAUCUGGAGCGUUGGGUGUGUCGUUCUUGAAAUGUGGGCAGGUAAAAGACCAUGGAACGAGGAGGAAGCAGUGGCUGUGAUGCUGAAGCUGUUCAACACGAAACAGCCUCCGCCCGUUCCAGAUGACGUGAUUCUGACCAGCCUCGCUAAAGACUUUAAAGACAAAUGUUUCGCCGUCGAUCCCAAGGAUCGUCCAAGCGCAGCGGAACUCCGAUGUCACCCCUACCUUGAACUCGCUGAAGGCUGGACAUUCAGCGAUUUCAAAUAGGAUUCAUAAAUAAACAAUUUCACCAUCUUCAUCAUCUAACCACUGCCGUUACUUCAUCUACCUUCCACCUUCAUUUUGUUGCAUCAAUUCUCUCUCUCCUUUUUUUUUCUCUUUCAAUUUCUUUGUUACUUGAGGUGGCAUGCCAGUAUAAUUUUGUGUAUGGUAAAUGAUGUAUUCCAUAAUAAUGUACACACAUGUACGUAUCAGGAUUUGAUUCGAAACUUGGAAGCAUGGCAGGCCUGGAUACAUCCUA